CUUUAAAAGAAGGAAUCCAGCACCAAAAUCAAGACGAACACCAACCCCAUAACUCCCUAUAAAUACCAACCCUUGUGUGUCUCAAACUCCAACCAGAGCACUCAAAUCUUCCUCAAUCACAAAUUCAAACAUUCUUCUCUCAGCCUUCACGUUUCUUUACUUGAGAAUUUUUUGACGUAAUGGAUAGAGUAAUGAAGUUGGCAUCUCAAAGGGCAGUGGUGAUCUUCAGCAUGAGCUCAUGUUGCAUGAGCCACACCAUCAAGACUCUCUUCUUCGAGCUCGGGGUCAAUCCUGCAGUCUAUGAGCUUGACGAAGAGCCGAUGGGUAGAGAGAUGGAGAAAGCUCUUGUCAAGCUUCUUGGUCGCAAGCCGCCAGUGCCAGCUGUCUUCAUAGGUGGCAAGCUGAUCGGAUGGACUGAUAAGGUUAUGUCCCUUCAUCUCGAGGGCAAUUUGGUCCUGUUGCUUCGUGAUGCUGGUGCCCUAUGGCUCUAGACAUGUAGCGUCGUGAUCUUCGCUUUUGGAGUUAUGAGUCUGUGAGUGAGAACUAAAUGUAGUAUGUUUUGCUUGAUUGACAUGCGUACGUAAUGUUUUUAAUUUGAGAAUGUUUGAGAACUCAAUGUAGUAUGUUUUGCUUGAUUGACGUGUGUUUGUAAUGUUUUUAA